AUGUCAUAUAGCCGUGGCUUCAUCAUCUUACGUCUUGUUAUGUUUAUUUCCUUUCUUUCUGGUUUUGUUUUGAAGAUCAACGGUUCUUAUGAUCAUGCAAGAGACAUCAAAAUCCACAGUGAUCGGAAACGUAUUCUCGCUGGUUCCAAAUCUGAAGAAUGGCCUCCAACAGGCAAGGAAUAUGUACUUUGUGGGAUUCAUAAACUACCUGAAAAUGGUCCUUUUUCUUCUCCCAUGUGCGAUAAAGGAUAUGUUAUUAGUGAGAUCAAAUUCGCCGACUACGGUCAGCCCACAGGUUCAUGUGAAACGUUUAAACGUGGAAAAUGUGGUGCACCCGCUACUUUACAGAUCGUCAAAAAGAAUUGUAUUGGAAAAGAAGAGUGCUGGCUUCCUGUGACAGACGACAUGUUUGGGCCGACUCAUUGCAAAGGACCUAUCAGUUUCGCUUUUUUGGGUACUUUAAGGACCUUUGCUAGAUAG